CCAAAAGCUGAACGCAAUUACCGCCGUUUUUCUCGACAGUUUGCAUGACAAGGAGUUGUAUUCAUUUGUUUCCGAUGUAUAAAUUAUGCAAACGUUUGGGUCAUUCUCUUGACAACCGGCAAAGUGAUUUAUAGGCUAAACUCUGGGGGAGCGCGAGCUCGCUAUUAUCCAAAGUUGAUUGAAGCACCACAUGCAAAUCAUCAUUACGUUGGAUUUACUUUAUGUUACUACGAAGGUCCUAUCCCUCUAAGUGUUGACAGAUAUCCGCUGAUCUAGUGGGCCAAAGCCGUGGUGCUGUCAGUAGUGUCGCCUGCUCUCCUGGACAGUCUCUGCUCAACGGCGGUGGGGUGAUGAGGUCGCUGUGGAGCUUGGGCCUUGCUUUCAUCUUGGCCUUGACCACCAGGGCCAGAGGACUCGAUAUCCCCCUGGAAGUGGAGCAGCUACCGACCAUAACAGUGCAGACCGCUGGCCCCGUCAUUGCCUUACCCUUUGAAGACAGUUUUUCCAUGAGAUGUGAAGCCAAAGGCAACCCACAACCAGUAUACAGAUGGACAAAAGAUGGCCAGGCCAUAGAUCCCCUCUUCGACUUGGGGGUCAAAAAAGAGAGAAACAAUGGGAGUUUUGUGAUUCAUAGCGGGCGCCUUGCGCAGUUCCAGGGGAAGUAUCAGUGCUACGCUUCAAACAAUCUGGGAACAGCAGUAUCAGAGGAAAUUGAACUCAUUGUACCAAGUACCCCAAAGUUCCCCAAAGAGAAGAUUGACCCAAUCGUUGUUAAAGAGGGCCAGCCUCUGAUUCUGGAAUGCAAUCCACCACAGGGGAUCCCUCCACGAAAGAUCUACUGGAUGACUAUUGGUCUCCAACAUAUUGAACAGGAUGAGAGGGUGUCCAUGGGCCAUGACGGCAACCUCUACUUCUCCAACGCCCUGGAGAAGGAUAGCCGGAGAGACUAUUGCUGCUUCGCCGCAUUCUCCGCCAUACGGACCAUCGUUCGGAAAACAGCCAUGUCGGUGGUCGUCAAGAGCUCCUAUGCCAUUCCAGAGAGAAGACCGAGCCUUCUGGUACCCUCUGGUGUUCAGUCAGAUGUAUGGCUGGUGAAAGGAGAGGAGCUGGUGCUAGAGUGUAUAGCAGAGGGAUUUCCAACUCCUGUGAUCGAAUGGACAAAAAGGAGAGAGAAGCUACCGAAACGGGCAAAUAUAAAAAACUAUGGGAAACGUUUAACCAUAUAUAACAUUGAAGAGGAGGAUGGUGGGAAGUACAUGUGUGAGGCGAGGAACUCUGUCGGAGACACAGUCCACUACUUCAAUGUCAUUGUGGAGGAGCCACCAAGAUGGCAGCCGGAGCCACCCAAGGGCCAGUUGGCUGUUGUUGGCUCUGACGUGCACAUCAAGUGCUCUGCCUCGGGAAAGCCACGGCCGGUUAUCUCAUGGAGGAAYAACGGACAGCCUCUGGACGAUGGCCCGUCAUCGAACAGACAAGUGCUUGAUGACACCAUAGUGUUGCACAGGGCCAGGCCUGAGGACAGUGCCGUCUACCAGUGUGAAGUCUCCAACAGACAUGGCACCAUCCUGGCUAAUGCUAACAUCAUGAUCAUAAAUCUCCCACCUCGGAUGCUGACUAAGGAUUACCAGCGAUAUUCAGUAGUGCAAGGGAAGGACAUCAUCAUGGACUGCAAAGUAUUCAGCUCCCCUCCAUCCACUGUUUCCUGGAACAAGGAUGACACUACGGAAUCUGUUGAGGGGGAACGAUUCUCAGUUUUUAAAAAUGGAUCGCUGCAGAUCAACCAGGCAGGGAAAGAAGACAGUGGGGAAUAUGUAUGUUUCGCCACCAAUUCAGAGGGAAAAUCAGCCAUCACAGCCUUGUUGGACGUCAAAGAUCCUACCCAAAUCGUGGAGCCGCCGCAGGACCUGCACAUAUUAAGUGGCACCACAGCCCAGCUUACAUGCCAAGCAGAGUAUGAUAUAUCUCUUAGGAACGAGUUUCAAAUAGUCUGGAGCAAGGAUGGGGAAGAGAUACCCCCAUUCACAGAACAGUCCAGAUAUUUUCUGGAUGAUGGAAUGCUACAAAUUAUCAAUGUAAACCAAAGCGACAAGGGAACAUACACAUGUACCGCCAGAACCAAUCUAGACCAGGACACCGCCUCUGCACUUGUUACUGUACUGGAUGUCCCUGAUGCUCCAGAGGAUGUGGAGCUGUCUGAACAAAAGAGCUGGAGUGUCCGGUUGGCCUGGGUACCCGGUGACGACCACAACAGCUCUGCCACUGAGUUCAUAGUGGAGUACGAGGAGAGUCAGUGGGAUCCUGGGACCUGGCGAGAACUCCAGCGAGUCCCUGGCAACCAGGUCACAGCGGUGUUGACAUUACACGGCCACCUGAACUACCAGUUUAGAGUGUAUGCAGUUAAUGCCAUUGGGAAAGGGCCCCCAAGCAACCCCACAGACCGAUACAAAACCCCUCCUGCAGCUCCUGAUAAAAACCCAGAAAACAUCAAAAUUCAGGGUCAUCUGCCCCAUCAAAUGGAUAUCAGUUGGGAGCCACUAUUGCCUGUGGAGCACAAUGGUCCAGGCCUGGAGUACAAGUUGAGCUACAGGAAACUGGGCGUAGAAGAUAUCUGGAUAGAGCAUCUUGUCAAAAGACACACCUUUGUCGUCAAGAACACCCCCACAUUCGUCCCCUACGAGAUCAAGAUCCAGAGUCGCAACAGUCACGGCUGGGGCCCAGAACCCAAAGUAGUGACAGGGUACUCCGGGGAAGACUUGCCUACAGCUUCCCCACGGGACGUGGCAGUGGAGGUGUUGAACACCACCCUUCUCAGAGUCAGUUGGACGAGGGUUGCCCAGGCAACAUUGCGUGGUCAUCUGGGGGGCUACAAUGUGCACUGGCUGAGGAAACGGAGUCUCCUACAUUCCAACAGAAUUCCUGAGGAGAGACAUUUCCUGACGUUCCCGGGGAACAGGAGCCAUGCCACGGUACCUGGCCUCAGACCCUUCUCGGAGUACAGACUGACCGUCAACGUCUUUAACAAAAGGGGCAACGGCCCCAAUAGUGACCCCGUCACCUUCCAGACUCCAGAAGGAGUUCCCGAACAAGUGCCCAUUCUGACAGUGUCAAACGCCCAGAGAGACUCUAUCACCCUGGUGUGGGCACCCCCCUUUGAGGCCAACGGCAUCCUUAUGGGAUAUCUCCUGCAGUACCAACUCAUAAAUGAGACGAUGGGGGACAUGCAGGAGGUGAACGUCAGCAGUGCCGACACCACCCAGUGGCUCCUGCAGGGCCUGGGGGAGAUGAGCAAGUACAUGUUUUACUUGAGCGCCUGCACCAGGGUGGGUUGCGGACCCCAGCGCAUGGAGGAGGGUAGCACGGUCACAGAAGCAAGUUUGGCCAGUCUUCACUUGGGAGUUUCCACCCAGGGCUGGUUCAUCGGGAUGAUGUGCGCUGUUGCUCUCCUCACCCUCACCGUGCUCAUCGCAUGCUUCGUGACCCGCAACAAGGGUGGCAAAUACGCAGUAAAGGAAAAGGAGGAUCUCCACCCUGAAGUUGAGUCCCAGGGCAUGAAUGAUGACACAUUCUGUGAUUACAGUGACAGUGAGGAAAACCCACUGAAGGCUAGCCAAUGUUCCCUGGAUGGGGGCAUGGGAGGGGACAGCGACUAUGGGGACGAAGAAGAAUGCCAGUUCAACGAAGACGGCUCGUUUAUCGGUGAAUACUCUGGCCACAAAAACAGAGGCACUGUAAGAGAGUCCAAUGGACCCAGCCGGGUCACUGCGUGAAGAGACAAAUGCUUCCUUCGGACUUCCCUCUGAAAGGUGUGUGACAGCAAAGGGAAAUUAAUGGCAUCAUCUGUGUGAUGCAUGACGUUGAUCAGAAAUGUUAAAUUCCUGUCAAUCACAAUUGUAUAUGAUGCAUAUUUAUUUUGUACCUCCACAUUGUGACGGAUUCAUUAGGAAAUGUUUUCACAUUCUUGUAGACAGGAUUGGACAUCUGCAGUUUCAAUAUAUAGUACCAGUCAAAAGUUUGGACACCUACUCAU